GGCUUUAGUUGGGAAUCAUUGUUAAGAGUUUGAGAUUGAACCCUAAAAUUAGAAAAAAGCAGUAGCGAGAUAUGGGAGUGGAGAAGGAAAUUCUGAGAACUGGAACGGGUCGCAAACCGGUCGCCGGCCAGAACGUCACCGUCCACUGCACCGGUUUCGGAAAGGGUGGUGAUCUAUCUAAAAAGUUCUGGAGCACAAAGGAUCCCGGGCAGAAGCCUUUCACCUUUCAGAUCGGCCAAGGUUCUGUUAUUAAAGGAUGGGAUGAAGGCGUACUGGGAAUGCAAGUGGGAGAGGUUGCUCGUUUACGGUGCUCUCCUGAUUAUGCUUACGGCGCUAGCGGGUUUCCAGCAUGGGGUAUUCAGCCAAACUCGGUUUUGGAUUUUGAGAUUGAAGUCUUGAGCGCGCAGUAACAGUCCUAUUAGCUAUGGUUGUUGUCAUCUGAGCAACUAUAUGCAACUAUAUGCAUGGUGUUUAGUAAACAUGUCAUGGAUUGUGUGGCACUGAAUUUGUUGUCAUUGAAAUGGAUUUCCAAUCAUAUUAAUUUGGUUAUGUUGGUUUUAGGUUUUA